UUAAAUCAGGUUUGCUGGGUAAAAUGAUUUCAUUGGAAUAUUCAGCGACUUGACGGGGUAGCAGCGAGGGUGGGGUGUAACCCCGGCUGAGGUCCUUACAAUAAAGAACCAGUAACGUCCGGUCAAAUUUGCAGACUGACUUGGUUUAAACCGAAUAAACUGCGGAAAUGGUGAACGCACAACCGGACUACGACCCAUGCGCUCUAUUUAGGCCCUCCCUCCCUCUCGUAUUCCCAGUCAAGGGCGAGUUCGCUGGCGUGCGCGCAGGGGCCGUGAAAAGGUAACUUCCAGGGGCCUGGCAGACACCGAGCAUCUUGGAAGAGCAGCCGCUGUGGGGACGUCAUGAGUUAAACACGAAGCAGACGGUUCUCGAGUAUAGAGUUUCCCGCACCCGCAUGUCGGUCCGCAAGCCUCUCCCCGCUGCCAGUUAGGGGCCAAGAGCAAAUGACCGGAACAGCACCAGAAGCUGGGCGAGACUGGAACGAGGGAUCACGGGCCAAGAGUGAAGGGGGGACUACUUCAGGGGAAUCUGAGGGGGAUCUUCUUCACUCAGAGGUUGGUGAGAGUGUGGAAGGAGCUGCUGGUGGAAAUGGUGGACGUGAGGCCGAUUCCAACAGGUCACCGGUGAUGGACCAUUCACAGACAGGAAGUUCCAACCAAAGUGUGGGUGAAGACCGGGCCGAGUCUCCCCAGCCGUCUGAACGUCUUCAGCCUUUGAGCAGGGGAGCGAAAGGCCGCGUUCAGGGCGGGGUGAAGCGGUGCACAUGCUCCGAGUGUGGACAGAGCUUCAGCCGAGUGUCUCUUCUCUCAAAGCACCGAUGCCAACCCCCCGGGGAGAAGCCGUGGAAAUGCGGGGACUGCGGGAAGGGGUUUAACUACCCGUCCCAGCUGGAAAUCCACCGCCGCAGUCACACGAGAGAGAAGCCGUUCAUCUGCACCGUGUGCGAGCAGGGCUUUUACUGCCUGUCCAACCUCAUCACGCACCAGAGGUUUCACACGGGGGAGCGGCCGUUCACCUGCUCCGAGUGCGGGAAGGGCUUCAGUCAACCGUCCAACCUUCUCAGGCACCAGCGGUUCCACACCGGGGAGCGGCCGUUCACCUGCUCCGAGUGCGGGAAGGGCUUCACCCAGCCCAGCUCCCUGCUGUCGCACCGGCGGGUUCACACGGGGGAGAGGCCGUUUGUCUGCUCCGAGUGCGGGAAGGGCUUCACUCUGUCCUCCCAGCUGGUGAGGCACCAGCAGGUCCACACCGGGGCCAGGCCGUUCACCUGCGCCGAGUGCGGGAAAGGGUUCACUCAGUCGUCCUCCCUGCUGACGCACCGGCGGGUUCACACCGGCGAGAGGCCCUACACCUGCCCGGCGUGCGGGAAGAGCUUUGCUCAGCUCUCCAACCUGGUGACGCACCAGCGACUGCACACCGGGGAGAGGCCCUACACCUGCCCCGUGUGUAAGAAGCGAUUCGCCUAUUCAUCCAACCUCUGGAAGCACCAGCAGAUUCACAAGUGAGGGCUCCUUCCCACAGGCCAUUGGAUUUUCAAAUUCAACGGAGCCAUAACGCAAGGACUUUUACUCCCUCACGUUGUGGGAUGGAUGUAAGAUUUUAAAAAUAAAUUCUAAAUUCAGCAGCCUCAGUCUGCUUCCUCUCCCUCCACUGUCAGGGUCCUGGAUGAUUUCGGACACUCAGACCCAGUGUUUGCCUGGGUCCACCUGAGAGAACAUGCGGCUCUCAGUUUAACAUUUUAGCUUUGACGGUCAAUCCUCCGAGCCCCGUGGCGUCAGGCUGGAGCCUGGAGUCCCAGCUGACCAGAGAAACGGGGAAGCCCUCAGCUCUGAAUUUCCGUCUAACCCUCAGCAAUUUAUUUUUGGGAAAUCCUUUUGCACAGCCUCAGAAGGAAGGGAUUUACAGACCGGAAUUGCGUGCUGAUGACAUCCCGACGGUCUGGCAAUCCACCCACACCUGAACAUCACGGUGGGGCGGUGCUGGGUGUAGAUCUGUCCUGGGUGAGGAUUGCAGACUUCAGUACUGAUUUAUACUCGUGUCCAUGACGUCCACUGGAGUGAGUGUGCGCUCACAGCGUUCACCACGUGCACACGCAGUCACCCUGACAGUGUCCCAGAGAACUGAGUUUUAAAUGGGUUGACAGUCAGAAAAUGGCCCCUCCUCAGUCCAUGUGAUUUACAGUAAAGCACAGAAGUACAAAAGAGUCAGUGGCAAAACUGCACACAUACCGACAACCAAAAUGCAAAAGGUAAACUGUAAAUAUACAAAAAAACACGAGUAAUAAUAAAUAAUACUGAGAAUAUGACUUGCUGAAUCCUUGAAAGUGAGUCUGUAGGUUGUGGAAUGGCCACAGUGAGAAGACAGCAUGGACACGAGGUAGAAAACUAGAGUGAUACACACACAACGAGGAGCUCAGUAGGUCAGGCAGCGUCUGUGCAUGGGAAUCAAUCCGGGGUCUUGGCCCGAAACGUUGACCGGUUAGUUCCAUCCGUGAGUGCCGCCUGACCUGCUGAGCUCCUCCAGCACGUGGUGUGUGAACCCCCCUGGUUUCCUUGGCUGCGCAAGUCCAGGGAAAACGCUCUCCGGUCCCGCCAAACCCGUGAGACUGAGACGGCUCGUCCCAUCCCCAAACCCCGGUGUGUGUGGACGCUGUGUCGUUUGCUCCCCGCUCUUUGCCUUCUGUGGGCAAGCCAUUCCUGGAUCCACAAAGCAAUGUCCCCUUGGAUCCCAUGCCUCCUUACUUUCUCAAUAAGCCUCGCAUGGGGUACCUUAUCAAAUACCUUGCUGAAAUCUAUAUACACUACAUCUACUGUUCUACCUCCAUCAAUGUAUUUAGUCACAUCCUCAAAAAAUUCAAUCAGGCUCAUAAGGCACAACCUGCCUUUCACAAAGCCAUGCUGACUAUUCCUCAUCAUAUUAUGCCUCUCCAAAUAUUCAUAAAUCCUGCCUCUCAGGAUCUUCUCCAUCAACUUACCAACCAUUGAAGUAAUACUCACUGGUCUAUAAAUUUCCUGGGCUAUCUCUACUCCCUUUCUUGAACAAUGGAAUAACAUCCGCAAACAUCCAAUCCUCCGGAAUCUCUCCUGUCCCCAUUGAUGAUGCAAAGAUCAUCGCCAGAGGCUGAGCAAUCUCCUCCCUCGCCUCCCACAGCAGCCUGGGUUACCUCUUGUCCGGUCCCAGUGACUUAUCUAACCAUGCUUUCCAAAAGCUCCAGCACAUCCUCUUUCUUAAUAUCUACAUGCUCAAGCUUUUCAGUCCGCUGUAAGGGAUCCCUGCAAUCAUCAAAAUCCUUUUCCGUAGUGAAUACUGAAGCAAAGUACUCAUUAAGUACCUCUGCUAUCUCCUCCGGUUCCAUACACAUUCUUCCACUGUCACACUUGAUUGGUCCUAUUCUCUCACGUCUUAUCCUUCAGCUCUUCACAUACUUGUAGAAUGCCUUGGGGUUUUCCUUAAUCCCAUUCACCAAGGCCUUCUCAUGGACCCUUCUGGCUCUCCUCAUUUCUUUCUUAAGCUCCUUCCUGCUAGGCUUAUAAUCUUCUAGAUCUCUAUCAUUACCUAGUUUUUUGAACCUUACGUAAGCUCUUCUUUUUGACUCGAUUUACAACAGCCUUUGUACACUGCGGUCCCUGUACCGUACCAUCCUUUCCUUGUCUCAUUGGAAUGUGUGCAGAACUCCACGCAAAUAUCCCCUGAACAUUUGCCAAAUUUCUUCCGUACGUUUCCCUGUGAACAUCUGUUCCCAAUUUAUGCUUCCAAGUUCCUGCCUGAUAGCCUCAUAUUUCCCUUUAUUCCAAUUAAAUGCUUUCCUAACUUGUCUGUUCCUAUCCCUCUCCAACACUAUGGUAUAGGAGAUAGAAUUGUGAUCACAAUCUCCAAGAUGCUCUCCCACUGAAGGAUCUGACACCUGACCAGGUUCAUUUCCCAAUACCAAAUCAAGUACAGUCUCUUCUCUUGUAGGCUUAUCUACACAUUGUGUCAGGAAACCUUCGUGAACACACCUAACAAACUCCACCCCAUGUAAACCCCUUGCUCUAGGGAGAUGCCAAUCAAUAUUUGGGAAAUUAAAAUCUCCCACCAUGACAGCCCUGUUAUCAUUACACCUUUCCAAAAUUGGUCUCCCUCUCUGCUCCUCGAUGCCCCUGUUACUGUUGGGUGGUCUAUAAUAAACACCCAGAAGAGCUAUUGAACCCUUCCUGUUCCUAACUUCCACCCACAGAGACUCUGUGGACAAUCUCUCCAUGUCUUCCACCUUUUCUGCAGCCGUGACACUCUCUCUGAUCAACAGUGCCGUGCCCCCACCACUUUUACCUCCCUCCCCGUCCUUCCUGAAACAUCUAAAGCCUGGCACUCGAAGCAACCAUUCAUGCCCCUGGGCCAUCCAAGUCUCCAAUGGCCACAACAUAUGAAUGUGGCAGCAAAUAUCUCGAUUCACAAUGGGGAGCAACCAUCAACAUAUUGUGUAUGGGACGAGCCUCCAGCUGAGUGACCUCACUGCUGAGGUACAGGGACGGUCUAUUGAAGCUGUUAGUUGCCCAUUUGGAGAGCAGUUGUUCACCGCUGCACUCAAACUUGGAGGAGGGGAGAGUUUUCCCUGUGCGGGGAGUCGAUCACCCAGACUGUGAAGCCCCAGAGAGGUCAAAUAACCGCAGGGGCUCCAUUCCGCCGUUGUUGCUUCUGGUAAUGAUAUUCAGGGCUGGGCAUGCUCAGUGUCACAAUGUGGGCUCGUUUCAAUGAUGUUAACAGCUCCUACAGCGGACUGGAGAUUAAUAUUCUGAUUCUGAUCCCUAAAGAAAACUGAUCCCAAUUCUAAAUCUGAUUCUAAUAUUUUUCACAAAUACCAAACAAAUGAUCUUGAUCGCCAGCAU